AUGUAUUCUAAAACAGUCAAGGCAUUAAUACUUCUUCUAUUAGCCACAUCUCAUAAGACAUUUCCAUUUGCUUAUGUAUUUAGAUUUUAUUAUCAUACAAUCAUUGGAUUAUUUAUGUCUAGAACUAAAUAUCUUCAAACUAAAAAGAAUUCAUUUGGUUAUAAUUCUCCUCAACAUUUAUUCAAAUGGAUAACUUUAAAAUCUCGAGUAUCUCCUUUGGAAUUAGAUAUGUAUUUUCAUAAACUGAAUUCAACUUAUUUCUUAGAUUUAGAUAUUGCCAGAACAAAAUUAUUAACAAGAAUAUUACAAAACUUUUGGUGGUAUAGUUAUGAUAAUGAAUCAGGUAGAAAUAAAAAACCAAGAGAAAUUAAGAAUUUUCCAUAUACUCCAGUUGCAACGGUUCAAUGUAGAUUUAUUAGAGAAUUAAAACCUUUCCAAAAAUUUAAUAUAAGUUCAAGAAUUUUAGCUUGGGAUAAUAAAUGGUUAUUUGUAUUAUCAAAAUUUACCACUCAAAAGAAUAAGAAAGGUGAAGAAGUAUUGAAUGCAAUCGCAUUAACCAAGUACGUGUUUAAGAGUGGAAGAAUUACUGUACCUCCAAAGGAAGCUCUUUCAAUUUGUGGAUUCUUAAAUGAAGAAAAUGAAAUCAUAAAUCAAAAGAAUAUCAAAUUAGUUGAAUCUUUAGUUAAUGUAGAAGAUUUAGAAAAAGUNUUUCAAUUUGUGGAUUCUUAA